AGAGGUGGGCCCAGAGUGGCCUGGAAACAUGGAGGGACCAGAAUCAUGCUUCUGGUUGGGGAGAUGGAAAGGAUGCUGGACUGGGGCUUGUGACUUGUGUGGCCUCCACCAUGGACCUCUCCCAGCUCUGUGCUUUCUGCUUGAUGCUGCUGCUGGCCAACUCAGGUGCUUCAGAUCCGUCGAGGCCAGACCCAGACCGGAACUUGGAGAUCUACAAGAAGCUGUUUGCAGUGAAGCGCAAGGACCAGAUGAAGGCGCUGAAGAACCUUGUUGAGCUGAAUGACAUCCACCAGCAGUACAAGAUUAUCGAUGUCAUGCUCAAGGGCCUCUUCAAGGUGCUGGAAGACUCCCGGGCUGCCCUGCUGGCAGCUGACGUCUUCCCCGACGGGCCCUUCCCAGACGAUGAGAAGCUGAAGGACGCAUUCUCCCACGUGGUGGAGAACACUGCCUUCUUCGGCGACGUCGUGCUCCGCUUUCCUAAGAUCGUCCAUCACUACUUUGACCGAAAUUCCAACUGGAACCAUCUCAUUCGCUGGGGCAUCAGCUUCUGCAACCAAACGGGCGUCUUUGACCAGGGCACCUACUCCCAGCUUCUGGGCCUGGUGCAGACUCUGCUUGGAGGCCCCUGGCUGGGCUCUGCCUGCACGGACGAGUCUAGGCUCCUGGGCCUAGAACAUCUUCUGCUGCCUGGCCCAGCUUCCCUGCCCUCUGGUGCCCUCUGUCCCCUCCUCUCAGCUGGAAUGGUUCAGGAGCUGGGGAUUGGUGAGAGAUCCCCAGAUUACAGGAACCCCUUUACAACAGACCACUCAGAGUCCUUCCAGGGUACUGACCCCUUCCAGAAGGCCCUGAAGGAAGAGGAGCGGCGCCGGAGGAAAGAGGAGAAACGGAAGGAGAUCCGGAAGGGCCCCCGAAUCUCUCGCUCCCAGUCGGAGUUAUAGCCCGGGGCUUGCUCCCAGACUGGCAGGGCUAGGCUUCCAGAAGAGGAGGGGAUGGUGUGUGAAGGACGGGCUCCCCUGCUUUUGGAGACUGCCUCUUACCUCAGGUGGAUGGAGGACCUCCUGGCCCCCACCUGGGGACUCAGGCAUCCCACUGCUUCCCAAGGGGGCAGACAGCCGAGAAAGAGCACUUCAACUUGAAGUGAGGACCAGAGGUCCCUGGGGGAGUGAGGACUCCACACCAGAAGGGCCCCAUGCUGCCCCUUUCAAGCCCAGGACCUUAAGAAGCCCAUUUCUCCCUGCAGAAAGUCUCACUCUGCCAACCAAAGAAGUGGGUGGGGCAUCCUGGACCGAAGUGAUCCAGGCUGGGGCCUCAGCCUGGCAUCCCCUCGCCAAGACAGGGCGCCUGCUGGGUCCCGGGCACCACCGUGUCUUGCCAAAUGAGCCACCAGCCCCUUUUGCAAAGACAAUAAAAUAAGCCACCUCUUUAGAUACA